GCCUGUCGGGAGACGAGUUCUUUGCAGUGGCCCUCCUGCUUGUACGCGUGAGUUGUUGCCCGGCGAAAGAAAAGCCGAAAAGACUUGCAAGCGGGCGGAAAACAUCAACAAAACGACCUAAAUCAAGAUUAACUCCACAGCAUCCGUCCUGUAGUUAGAGAUGGAAUCGAUGGAGGUCGAAGGGGAGAUGUUUGGAGAGGCCGGUCUUGAUUCUGAUGGCCAAAAUGGAUCCUUCCGAGGUGCAAUGCGAGGGGGGCGCGGAGGAAUUUUCAGAGGUCGAGGCCCUAAUGACUUCAGUGCCAGGGUACCACCUCCAGGGAUGGGGCCACCCCGCUUCAGAGGUCGCGGCUUUCCAGGUCCUGGAGGCCCUAGAGGACCUCCAUUUAGGGGGCCGCCGCCGCCUCCUGGGCAUUUUGGCAGGGGCAGAUUUAGAGCCCCCUUCGAUCCAAACUGGGGUCCCAUGCCACCGCAUGGGAUGCCACCUCACAUGAUGGGUGGAAAUCCAGCUGCAUCCGGCCCCAUGUCAGGCGUAGAUUUGAACAGUGAGAUUUGGGUAGAGACGAAAACCGGAGAGGGCAAGAGUUACUACUACAGUGCGAGGACGAGGGAGACGACCUGGACAAAGCCGGAGGGUGCAUCCGUGCAGAUCCUCUCACAGGAACAGGUAGAGCAAAUGGCAGCUCAAACAAACAGUGGCCCUGGUCAGGCAGGGGGAUCAACUCAGACAGCCGCACAAGCGGCUGUAGCGCAAGCACAGGCUGCCACUCAAAAGUUUUCAGAGGAGGACGGCGGUGAGCAGGACCAGGAGGGAUACAACAACCACAUGGGGAUGAUGUACGGAGGACCCAUGCCUUACGGAGGAAUGCCACCACCCUUCGGAAUGCCUCCGCCAGGCGUUGGAUAUAAUGAAGGGCCACCUGGAAUGCAAAACAAUUGGCCGCCUAUGAAUACCUACAACAAUUUCAGUGUGCCUCAGGUCCCUGGCGAAGAAGGAGAGCCACCUCAGGUCAAUCCUGGACCUGAUCUUGAGAUGAAGGCGGCUGAGUGGUCAGAACACAGAGCUCCAGACGGUCGACCUUAUUUUUACAAUGCCAAAACCGGAGAAUCGGUUUGGGAGAGGCCUCAGCUUCUCAAGGAUUUAGAAGCAGCUAAAAUGUCCCGAGGAGUCCCAGGAAUGGGGGGAGUUGCUGAAAUGGCUGCACAGCCAGAGCCUUUUAAACAAAUCGAGCAUGUGGCAAUUGCCGAGAAAAAGCCAGAGCCUGUACAUGUGGCAAAAAUUUCAGCCGAGACAGAAAAGAGUGCUGAAAUAGCCAGAGCGGUCAUCAAAGAGGAAAGCUCUGCGAGCCACAAGAAACAGGACAAAACUAGGCCAGUUUCUAGUACUCCGGUCCCAGGAACACCAUGGUGUGUAGUUUGGACUGGAGACGGUAGGGUCUUUUUCUACAAUCCAUCACAACGGGCAAGUGUGUGGGAAAAACCAAGUGACUUGGUUAAUAGACCAGAAGUAGACAAGCUUCUCGAGAAGGCUCCAGAUGGAACCAAGAAAAAUCAGCCAGAUGCUUCGAGUGAGAGCGAGAGUGAAGAACCAGCCUCUAAAAAGGCAAAGGUAGAAGAAGACGAUGAUUCCGAUUCAAAGAAAAAUGGGUCAAAUGGCAAACCUCUUGAUACAAGCAAAGAGGCAGCAAUGGAAGCAGAGGUUCGAGCAGCACGGGAAAGAGCAGUUGUGCCUCUUGAGGCCAGAAUUAAACAAUUCAAGAGUAUGCUGCAAGAAAAACAAGUAUCUGCGUUUUCAACUUGGGAGAAAGAGUUGCAUAAGAUUGUAUUUGAUCCACGAUACUUGCUGCUCACCUCCAAAGAGAGGAAGCAAGUUUUUGAGAAGUAUGUAAAGGAGCGAGCUGAGGAGGAGCGUCGUGAAAAGAGAAUGAAGAUGAGGGAGAGAAAAGAUGACUUCCUCAAGUUAAUGGAGGAAGCAAAACUGAGUGGAAAAUCCACAUUCAGUGACUUUGCACAAAAGCACGGCAAAGACGAAAGAUUCAAGAACAUUGAGAAAAUGAGGGAGCGUGAGAGUUUGUUCAAUGAAUACAUUAUUGACGUCAGACGCAAGGAAAAGGAGGACAAGAAGCGCAAGCGAGAAACAUGCAAGAAAGACUUUUUGGCUCUGCUGAAAGAAACAGAUGGAAUUGAUAAGAAUACAAGGUGGUCAGACAUAAAGAAGAAGAUUGACGAUGACAAAAGAUACCGAGCAGUUGACUCUAGCAGCACUAGGGAAGAUUGGUUCUAUGACUAUGUCAAGUCGCUGAAGGAGGAUAAAAAGGACAGACACAGAGACAAAGAUUCAGAUAGUCGUGCCAAAUCAGAAUCAAAAGAUGACAAAAAAGAUGCAGACCAGAAUGUAAGUUCUAUAAUGAAUAACUCCAAAGAGGGCAACGACUCGGAUGAAAAAGGUUCUGAAGAUGAGGACAAAGAGAAGUCUGAGGAUGAAGGUGAAAAGGAUAAAGAGAGGGAGAAGCAAGCCAGGCAAGAGGCCAGCUUGAGGGAACGAGAGAAGGAGGUACGGCAAACCUUAGCAUCUCACAUGCGUGAGCGUGACAAGGAGCGCGAGUUGCACAAACAUGAUGAGGCAGUGCAACAAUUUGUUGCCUUACUGGUGGACUUGGUGCGCAACUCAGAUCUUUCUUGGAAGGAGGCUAAGCGACUGAUGAGGAAGGACAGUCGGUGGGAUUUGGUCAGUCUGCUGGACAGAGAGGAAAAAGAGAAAUACUUCACACAGCACAUUGAGCAGUUAACACGUAAGAAGAGGGAAAAAUUGAGGGAGCUUUUAGAUGAGACACCAGAAGUGUCAUUGACGUCAAAUUGGAAGGAAAUCCGAAAGAUUAUCAAAGAUGAUCCCAGAUACAGCAAAUUCUCCUCCAGUGAACGGAAAUGUGAACGAGAAUUCAAAGAAUAUUUGAAAGAUAAGUUGGUUGCUGCCAAAGCAGAUUUCAGGGAACUUUUGAAGGAGACUAAAAUGAUCACAUACAAAUCAAUGUCAGAGGGGCCACAGCAUUUACACGACAUUGAGGAAGUUUUGAAGAAGGACAAGCGCUACCUGGUGCUAGACCACAUUGGCAGUGACAGAAAGAAAAUGCUUGUGACGUUCCUGGAGGAUUUGGAAAAGAAAGGGCCACCUCCACCACCCACAGCUUCAGAGCCAACUCGCAGAGGAAUCAAGUAAUUUCUGAGACUAGAGAGGUUCCUGAGUGAGGUACCCAUUCUUCAGAGGAAGUUAGCGCUGCAUGGUUUUAAUUAUACUUAACAUUAGUCUUUUUUUGUCAUGAAGGGUUUAUUCCAAUACCAUUUUGUGUGCCCUUUAAAGAAUAGCUUGUGUUUAAAUAUCAGUUUAAUAUGGGUAUACUUUGCACACAAAUUCUCGCAAUAAAUUAAUUUGCGCAAAAUAA